AUGACAUUGAGCUACCAGAUAUGGGAGGCGGGCAGUGAUAUCGCCUUGCUGCUACUGGCAAUGAAGCUCAUUACCUCACAGCCGCAGCGCGGUUUCGCAGCGUCAGAAAACUACCUCUAUACAGCGUCGAAACGAUACGCGGCUCUGCUCGAAAACGUAGGAACUACUUCGAUAGUGUACUUGCAGGCUAUACUCCUAAUCUCUCUUUACGAAUACGGCCAGGGGGUAUAUCCAGCUGCGUACAUGACAGUCGGCCAAUGCAUUAGAUACGCCGAGUUGCUGGGGUUGCCUUCUUACAGGAACACUAGUGCUGUCCUGGGUCAUCCUGUCAGUUCUUUCUGCCAUUCUCUCUUCGAAUAA